UCGUCCUUUCGUGAAGCACUACAAACUGAGCGUCUUCGAUCAAUGCCAAACAGUUUUUUACCACCUUCCACCAAUGUUAACGGUGGAUUGAUUAUGUUGGGUGACGCAAUGAAUAUGAGGCAUCCUUUGACUGGUGGUAUGCACCAACUUUUAAAAGAUUUUGAUCGUGGUAUGACUGUAGGCUUUCGUGAUGUAGUGAUACUUUCCGAUCUUUUAUCUCCUACCCAAACACCAGAUUUCAACGAUACUGGACUUAUACUGGCUCAAUUGCAA